CUUUUCCUGUGGCUGAGCAUCAGUUGGAAGACAGAGUGGGGGAAUGAAUCUACAUUAAUUCAGUCUGUUUCAUCAAUUUCUGCCUGCAUGUCCCUGAUCAAUGUCUCCCUACCUCCAGGGACCCAAAGUUGAUGGUCAACUCAGGCUACAACCCACUGCUCACUUCCUAGGAACUAACAGGAGCUGGCACUGUGGCUGUUUAAGUCACAGAGGCUUUUCUGAUGCUCCUUCAGAGCAGUGGGGCCCUCAGUUGGGGGUCCUAAAACCAAGAUCCAAAAUGGAGUUGGCCACUAGUGACACUUGUCCUCUCCCAUCCCCUCCCCUGUCUCCCCUCCCUACCCAGGCCUGCUUGGACCCUUCCCACCUCUGGCCUUUCUUUCUGGUUAGCUAGGUAUAAGUUGGGAGGGAGGUACCACAGAGGGCAGAGCCUGGAAGGGAGGGGCCUUUGGGAUUAUAAAUUCCAAAAAGGACGCUCAACUCUCAGACCUGGCUCCCUGAGGAUCUACUGCCAGCUUCUGGGGCUGUGGACAUUUUCAGCACCCUCGCCAUGAAACACCUGCUGCUGCUCACCCUGUCUGCCCUGCUCUGCUGCUGGGUCUCAGCUGACACUAGAUGUCAUUCCUGCUACAAGGUCCCUGUGCUGGGCUGUGUGGACCGCCAGUCCUGUCGCCUGGAGCCAGGCCACAAAUGCUUGACAACAAAUGUGUACCUUGGUAACAUCCCCUUUCCCAGGAGGGAGGGGCCAGGUGGGGGUGCUAUCUGGGACCGAAGCCCAUCCAGGGCUAGGACAGAGAGUGAACAGUGGGGACAGCAUGUGGCCCAAGGGAAGAUGUGGGUUUUCUCUAACCUGCGCUGUGGCACACCGGAUGAGCCUUGUGUGGAGGCCUUCAACCAGACCAACCGCAGGCUGGGCCUGAACUACAACACCACCUGCUGUGACAAAGACAACUGCAAUAGCCCAGCCCCGAGGCCCGCACCUGCCCUGGCUCUUGUCUCCCUCACCUCCUUGGCUGGCCUUGGCCUCUGGUUAUUGCACUGAGAUUCACGCCAUGGCUGCGUUCUUGCCGAUUGCUGUAGCCUGAGCCUCUAACCCCAUGUCCUUAGAACUCCAGCUUUCCAGAAUGUUCUCCCUUCACCCCUGGCUCCUCUUCCUCUGAAGAUCCUUUCCCUGUUCUUGUCCCUCUUGUUUCGGGGGACAGUGCCUAGAGUGGUCUUUCUAGUCUCCUCUCUCAGCUGGCACUCUCCGCUCCAUUUUCCACCAAGUCCUUCCCCAUUUCCUUGGAGAACACUCUACCUCCUUCACUGGCCACCGCAAGGGCUCCCUACUUGGAUGCACACUGAUGUGGAUCUAGAAGGGCCACUGUCUUGUCUCCAAAACGACCCGCUAACCUCACUGCAUGGGGUUGAUUCGCUAAACCCUCUGCUCAUCUCUUUCCAUCGUGAGAAAUAAAUGUCGGUGUCUGAUAAA